AUGGCCAUCGCUGGUCCUGCUGCAGCAGCACUCGCCUCAUUGAAACCUGAUCAGGUUACUUUUCUACAAUCUCUUGAAAAAGCUGAACUUCACGCCCACCUCAACGGUUCUAUACCUAUUGCGGUCAUCCAACAGCUUGGCAAGGAAUACGUAAACUCUCCAUCAUCCACACGCGGCGAUGCAAUCUACGCCACGAUAGAACGACUCAUUUACUCUUCUGCGGCGAACCAUCCAUGGGGGACGUUGCGGAUUUUCAAACAUUUUUCUGUGAAGCGAAGAAAGCGGGAUUGGGUGUCACGUUGCAUAUCGCCGAGCACCCCCGAGGAGACUCUGAAGCUCUUGUCUUUCCAACCCGACCGCUUGGGGCACGCCACAUUUCUCAACAAGGAAGCUAUGGAUACCGUGAUAAAAAAUAACAUCUGCGUUGAGAUCUGCUUAAAUUCUAAUUUAUUGAGCAAAACGGUAACUGCAUUGGAGUCCCAUCACAUUCGUCAAUAUCUCAAGGAAAAUCAUUUGAUCGCCAUUUGUACGGACGACAUCCUGCCUUUUCGUACUUCUCUGUUGGCAGAAUACGCCCUUCUUCUUGCUCAACCUCCGUUAGGCCUUGGUCUAACUCAGGACGAAGUUAAGGGGAUUGGAGAAAUGAGUCUGCGGGCCAGAUUCACAAUGGGUUCUAGUUAA